AUGGCGUCAAAUCACGUGCCCACUGACCAGGUGCCGUUGCAAGGCCAGAAUGUCUACGCCGAUCCAUCCUACCAGCACCUCUUUUCUUCUGUCGACCGCUACGGCACCCCCUCGUGGGAGGCCCAGCUACACCAGCACUCACCCCUGCCGCCGACGGCAUCGGGCCAGAACUGGCACCCUGGCUCGUUUGCACAACAACCCUUCAACGCCAUCAGCCAAUCGUAUGCUGCUCAGAACCAUGCUUUGCGUACAGAGUCGCCCUACCAGUAUGGCCAGUUCAGCCAACAAGGUCCUUUGGCCAACUAUGGUCAGGCCUCGAAUGUUGACCCGUCGCUGGGCAUGGAUCCCAAUGCCGUCCGCCAGCAACAACACUCUCCUUACCAGAUGCCAAUGCGCACUGUGACUCCUCAAAGCCAUGUUGGCACAGUGACGCCGCAAGCUCUACAGCAGGACACUGGUUCACUUCGGACUAACUCAACGCAAACUAACAUGAUGCAGCUGCCCAAGCCUACUGCAGAGACAUUUACUCAGCAGCGCCCUGCACCGGCCUCAUUUGCGAAGCCAGUGCCUGUCCCUGAGUUUGAAAUACCAAAGGGUAGAAAAUCGGGUGGUCUCUAUGUUGUUGAUCAAGCUGCUUUGGCAAAGGCCACUAAUUCUACUCCGUUGAAUAAAUUCGUGACUCUGGGAAAUGAACCCUUUCAUCUGGCAACAAAUAGAACUGCGCUUCCAGUUUAUGUUGCUCGAAAUUCCCUAAAGGAUCUGAAAAAGGCAGGGGCAGACAGCAAGAAGCUCCGCGCCAAGCAACUCGCCUCCAAGUCACACUCAAAAGCUCUAAACUCUGCGAGGAAACCCACAGAGUUGAAGAGAGAAGUCAGUGACAGUGGCAGUUCCUCUGAGUCAUCUGACUACGAUACAGACUCUUCUGAUGAAGAAGAAGAGGAGAUGCCGAUCCCUGCGUCGCGGCCAGAGGACCCUGACGCCGCCGUUCGAUAUGAUGUUGUCAAGGCUACAUGGCAUCCUUCCACAUCUUCACCAAGCUCUGAAAAGAUCAAGAUUAGUAUGCGUGAGGUCUGGGAGGUGCUCAACACCAUCCAAAAGCGGUGGCGAGCCGACAGCAAAGCUGUAACGGAGGCCGAAGAGCAAAAGAAGACAGGUGAGCUGCCGGUACUCAAGAGUCGAGUCACGAGUCAACGUGACCUUCUCAAGUCUGCUCUUGAGGCUGCAUUGCAGUCUGCACAUCCUGAUGUGCUUUACCAGUUGGGGCAGAUCAAGCCAUUCCUGUAUCUGUGCUACCAGUUCUUGGCGAACCGAUUCCAUAGUAAAGAUUACGAUGGCCCAUUGUCCGCAGUCAUCUACGAGGUACUCUCGCGAUGCGGCACACUGACUUCUGAGCUCCUCGAAGAGACUAAGCUUAUCAAAGCACUUGCGUCUAUGAAGAAACACGCAAAUGAUAAGCAUAAGAAUUUUAUACAGCAAGUGAUGGACAGCGCUGCCGCCAAUUCUAAAAAGGCAAAAGCAAGCCCUCCGCCAAAGACUGAAUCGGCAGAUGGCAAGGGUGUUAAGCGACCGGCAUCUGAUGCUACAAACCGUUCGGCCAAUGAGUCAGCAAUGAUGAAGAAGCCAAAGGCAUCUGAUGCCGCCGCUUCAGCCGCAAAGACUGCUCCUGCUACAACCACACAGAAACGACCCGGAGAGAAGACAGCGCCAGCACCCGCACCCGUCAAGACGCGUGUUAGCCAAGUCACCAGCAAGCCUUCGGGUAUCUUUGCCUCACUCAAUGCAGCAAGCAAGAAGACAACACCAGCUUCGGCUACUGCAAAGGGUGCCGCAUCAGCCAAAGCUACCACCCCGGCUACAAAGGAGAAGAAGGUUGUGGCGACGCCUGCGGCAAAGCCUGCUUUUUCGUUUGCCCAGACAAUGGCAUCGCUCCAAAAACCCAAGGAACAAGAAAUUGCGCCCACCAAAUCCGAGAAACCUCUACCAGUAGAAACCGAAGAAGAAAAGGCCAAACGGCUACGAAAAGAGUCUCGCAGACAUCUGCGUGUAGCCUGGCGGCCGGAUACAUCACUGGUAGAGAUCAAGUAUUUCGACCACGAGGCCGACGAUGAAGAGAUGGACCACAAAGAACAUCACCUCGUGCGGGAUGCUGGCGACCUUGGUGGAGAGGGACGUAUGUUCAAGCAACACAAAGAGCUUGACCUUGACGACGAUGAUGAGGACCUGGAUGGCGAACAGCGGUCAUGGGCACCACCAUCCGAAGUUGACUUUAGUGUUGUACACCCUGAAGAACGUCAACGAAACUACGCGCCGUAUGGAGGAGGUCUCCAGCAACCCAUCUGUCCUGAGAAAGAGGCCAACAUGCAGCGCGAGAACGCUACAUUAAUGGUCUACUAUUCUAGCAAUGACGACAUUCCACCGACUCCAAAAGAGCCCGCAGAGCAGGAGAACCCAUCUACUGCUCCUGUCGUCAACUUUGGACCACCGCCCGAGACAGUUCUAAGGAAAUGCCCACAACCACCUGUGGCAGCGACUGUGCCGGACUUCAGUCAACUGGAGAACAUCAUCAAGCAAUUGUCGGCUACCAACCAAGCUCAAGCCGCUCCCCCUGCCCCAACAGCUCCGGCUGAAAACACGUACACGCCUCCGCCUCCCGCAGCCGCUCCUACAUUCGACGCCGCCGGUCUUCAAAACCUCCUCAACUCCAUCAGUAACAGCCAGCCUCCUCCCCAGGCCCCACCACCCGCGUCGUUUCCAAUGCAAAACCCACCCCAACAACCCGGUGUAAGCCUUGACAUUGCUGCCUUGAUCGCCAAUAUGCAAGCAGCGACUGGCGGUGCACUCCCUCCUCCCCCUCCACUACCUACUGGAUUCCCACCAUUUCCUUUCACGUUUCCACCCCCAACCCAGCAAACUGAUGCUGCCGCAUGGUCUCAACCGAUGCAAGACACUACAUAUCAAACUCAGACACAAUCCCAGUACAACCAGCAACCCAACGCUGGCACCAAGCGGCAACGCGACGAUAGCAAUGGCAUCAACGACCGCAACCAAGGGAAGCGACCCAAGAACCGAGGAGAUCACAAGCCUCACAAAGUGCUCGCAUGCAAGUUCUUCCAAAAGGGCCAAUGCAACAAGGGCGACAACUGCACAUACAUCCACGACUUAAACCAAUGA